CAGGCGCGCGUGGAGGUGCAGAAGCGAAUUUUGCUAGGGGAGGCUGUUGAGGGAGGUGGAGGCUCCGCUGGGCGGGCGGUGGCGAUUCCACGUGCUCUUCGCGGCCGGUUGAAACCGUUGGCGGGCGCUGGCUGAGAGGAUAAGACUUAAAACCUGCCUUGGAUAAAAAAAUAUUUAAUCAUUUAGCUGAAAAUGGUAUUUUUUACAUGCAAUGCAUGUGGUGAAUCAGUGAAGAAAAUACAAGUAGAAAAGCAUGUGGCUCUUUGCAGAAACUGUGAAUGUCUUUCCUGCAUUGACUGCGGUAAAGACUUCUGGGGUGACGACUAUAAAAACCACGUGAAAUGCAUAAGUGAAGAUCAGAAGUAUGGUGGCAAAGGGUAUGAAGGUAAAACCCACAAAGGUGAUGUUAAACAGCAGGCAUGGAUUCAGAAAAUUAAUGAAUUAAUAAAAAGACCCAAUGUCAGCCCCAAAGUGAGAGAACUUUUAGGACAAAUUAGUGGUUUUGACAACGUUCCCAGGAAAAGGGUGAAAUUUCAGAAUUGGAUGAAGAACAGUUUAAAAGUUCAUAAUGAAUCCAUCUUGGAGCAGGUGUGGAAUAUCUUUUCUGAAGCUUCCAGCAAUGAACCAGUCAGUAAGGGGCAAGAUCAGCAGGCGCUGGAGCAAGUGGCCCAACCAUGUGCAGAGAACAACGCCAAGGUCGCGUCCUCCAAAGCAAAUGACAGCGUGGAAGAGCCAGCAGAGACGAAGAAGAAUAAGAGAGAAAGGAAGGAAGAACGGCAGAAGAAGAGAAAAAAGGAAAAGAAAGAACUAAAAUUAGAAAACCACCAAGAGAAUUCAAAGAGUCAGAAGCCUAAGAAGCUCAAAGCAAGACAGGAGGCCGAGCCGGAGGCUGCAGGGGUGGCCGUCUUCGAGGCCGCCGGCUCUGCAGGGAAGAAGAGCCAGAGGAAGAGGAGCAAGGCUGAGUGCACCCAGGACGGAGCGGUGGAUGGAGGAACGGAGCAGGAAGGGGAGCCAGAAACCAGACUAGGGAAAAGAAAGCAGAAGCAUUCGGAAGUUGAAGCAGAUUCUAAGAAGAAAAAGAUUAAGCUCCCGGGACAUUCUGAGGAUGGAGAACCGGAAAACCAUGAGGCUCCUGCAAAAGGUAAAUUCAACUGGAAGGGAACUAUUAAAGCAGUUCUGAAACAGGCCCCAGACAACGAAAUAACAAUCAAAAAGCUAAGGAAAAAGGUUUUAGCUCAGUAUUAUGCUGUGACAAAUGAACAUCACAAAUCUGAAGAGGAACUCCUGGUCAUCUUUAACAAGAAAAUCAGCAAGAACCCCACCUUGAAGUUAUUAAAGGACAAGGUCAAGCUUUUAAAAUGAACAUUUUUAUAUUUAAAAAUCGAAUCCAUUCCGUUGACCUCUUCCUUUCACGACUGUUUGUAAAACAUGUAAUGAAUUGUAACAACUCUUUUGCUUUCCAAAGCUGUAUUUUUAAGUUAAGAAAAAAAUAUAUUUUUGGUAGAACUUAUAUGAGAAAAUAAAAUAUUUUCUUG